UAAAUGUAAUGGCUGUGAUGGCAAAAAAUCUGUCCAACACUCCAAGUAAUUCUUAGUUUUGCUAUACUUUUUUGGUCUUUUCUGCAUCCCGUCUCCAGAUCAGAGGCCUGCAUGCCAAUCCGGACAUAUUAUGCAAUUUGUCAGCAUUAGUCAAUUAGAAACGUUUAAGUUUUUGAUCUAAAAUGGAAACUAAUAGAGUUUAAAGCUUCUCCAUCUCUGGGUUCUGCAUGCUUCCCUGCAUUACAUGAGGCUGGACUGAAGCCAAGUCAUAGAUUAACCUAUUGUGCCGUGUUCUCUGUUGCAUGAGUGAGGUUUCCUUCAUUGUUCUAAUAAAGCCCGUGCUGGUAGUAAACCUCUUACAGGGGAUCUAAAGGGUUAUCCAACUCCCUGCAACAAUGCUCACAGUGAUGGAGGAUCAGCCUCCCACACAUUCACACGUCUGUCUGCAAAUCGCUGCUGCCAACAUUCCUGAGUCGACCCGGCGGCUUUGUCACAGGUUUCUCCAUCGCUGCGUGACCAAACAAGGACCUAGCAGCGGGCACGGGCACACAGACUACUCUGCUUUUUCCUCCUGAUGGACCAACAACUGCAGCUUUUUGAGGAAAACUUAACCAACUAGAACUCCAAUUGCAUUACUUCCACUGACCUGAGCGGAUAGGAGGUCUCCAACAUCAAAUGGCUGCAACUGAACCAACCGCACGACUUUAAGAGAACCAAAUAUUUCAACUUUUUUUAAAACUUAAAUCCAAGAACUUCAGUGGAAUUCUUUAACCUCCAACGAUGGACUUUUUACCAGACAGCCCACGGGGGCGUUCAGACAGCACCGGCAGCUCCACAUCUCAGGGCUCCAGGUCCAAAACAGUCCUCCGGCAGCGUCUGUCCCAGCUGAUGACCUGCAUCGAAGACCUGAGCUCUGACGAUGAAGCCGGGGAGGAAGUGUCCCGCCGGCUGGACGAAGCCUUCCAGCUCUGUGGACGCUUCGAGCCUACGGAUGCAUUCAGGCUGCACAUGGUGACCUGGAACGUAGCCACAGCAGAACCUCCUGAAGACGUCACGUCGCUGCUGCACCUUGAUGCCCUUCCCCUCACAGAUCUGUAUGCCAUCGGCUUGCAAGAAGUGAGAGCGACUCCAGUAAAGUUCAUGUCGGACCUGAUUUGGGAGGAUUCCUGGAGCCACCUUUUCAUGAACACACUGGCUCCUAGAGGCUUUGUGAAGGUCACUUCUGUGAGGAUGCAAGGUUUGCUGCUGCUGAUUUUUGCCAAACAAAUGCAUUUCCCCUACAUCCGAAACAUCCAGAGCACCUACAUUCGCACAGGCGUUUUCGGCUACUGGGGUAAUAAAGGAGGAGUAUCUGUGCGCUUUUCCUUCUACGGCCACAUGGUGUGUUUCCUCAACUGCCACCUUGCGGCUCACAUGGGCAACGCUCUGCAGCGCGUGGAUGAGCUGGAGUACAUCCUGGAGACGCAGGAGUUUGACAUGUUUGACACGCCCCACGUCCUGGACCACAAGGUGGUUUUCUGUUUAGGGGAUCUGAAUUUCCGCAUCCAAGACCACGGCUUGCACUUUUUGCGGUCAUCCAUCAACGGCGGACGCUUCAAUCUGCUGUGGAGUAAGGACCAGCUCAUAAUGAUGAAGAAGAAGGAGCCCUUUCUGCAGGAGUUUGAAGAAGGGCCACUACAUUUCCAACCCACCUACAAGUUUGACCGUAAAUCUGACACCUAUGAUUCUAGAUCUCCAAAAACAUGGUUGGGUUUAAAUGGUAAGAAAAGGAAGCCUGCCUGGACAGAUAGGAUCCUCUGGCGAGUUAAACCCAAAGGUUUACCAUCAGAGGACGAUGAUGAUGAAGAUGAGAAGACAUCCACAUCUACAGUCAAUGAAGAGGAUGAGGAUCCCAUCCUGGUCACCCAGAACUCGUACACAAGUGACAUGAGCUACGGGGUCAGUGACCAUAAGCCCGUCAUCGCAGCUUUUACAAUGGAGAUGAGGAAAUGCUGGGACACACCGCUGGUGUCUGUGUCUCCUCUGGGUGUGUGGAGCGCUGAUGAGAACCCCCUUCUGACUUACACCGUCCUAGAAGACUUCAUGUCGUCCACGUGGGACUGGAUUGCCCUUUAUAAGGUUGGAUUCAAGAGCGCCACAGACUAUGAGAGCUUUAGUUGGGUUCGAGAGAAUGACCUUCCAGAGAUAGAUGAAGUCAUUCAGAUAUCCAUGGAAAAAGAGAAGAUCCCUCUUCUGGGAGGAGAAUUCGUCUUGGGUUACUACAGUACUAACUUGCAAAGUAUUGUUGGCCUCAGCGCCGACUUCCAGAUCAAGGAAUCACAGCGUGCUGCCGCAGAAGGCCUCACUCCUGAGGAUGUCAACGGGAUCAAUAAAUAAGAAAACUCUCUGCUCUGCUUUGUUUUUCAUUUUUCUCCAGAAUAUAAAGAUGAUACAGCUUAUAAAAAAAAAUAAAAAUAAAAAAAGAAUUUAUGAUGAGUUACUUCCUGAACUUUGAAAUAAAGACCUGGAAAGAUUAA